GAUCAACUCGGUGAGCUCACGUCGACCAUCGGUAGUGCCAUUACUUCGAAACGUGGUUCAUUUAACAGCCGAAGUUGCGUUCUCAAUUUAAUCUACUGCCGUUCGUGAUCCUUUAAAAAUGCGUGAAGUUCUUUCAAUAAGUGUCGGCCAGGCAGGAUGCCAAAUUGGGAACGCAUGCUGGCAGCUGUUCACGCUCGAACAUGGCAUUCAGGCAGAUGGUACGAUGAGCGCAAAAAUUCCCCUGGACGAAAAUAUGGCAGCAUUUUUCCAGAGCACCGACACAGACAAAGUGGUACCGAGAAAUAUAUUCAUAGACCUGGAAGAAUCGGUGGUCUCGGAAAUGCGCAAUGGACCCUACAAAUAUCUGUACCAUCCGUUGUACAUGAUCACAGGCAAAGAAGAUGCUGCGAAUAACUACGCCAGGGGUCAUUACACUGUCGGUAAGCAGAUUAUCGAACAGGUUCGUACGGCUAUCCAAAAAAUGGCCGAACAGUGCGAUGGAUUACAGGGUUUUCUAGUAUUCCAUUCGUUUGGAGGAGGUACUGGCUCUGGAUUCACUUCGUUGUUAAUGCAACAAUUGGCAUCCGAGUAUGGUAAGAAAUGCAAAUUGGAGUUUGCAGUGUUUCCGGCUCCUAAAAUUGCAACUGCUGUUGUUGAACCUUACAACUGCGUUUUGUCAACGAGUACUACAAUGUCCAAUUCCGAUUGUUGUUUCAUUAUGGAUAACGAAGCUAUAUACGAGAUUUGUACGAAAAACUUACAGAUAGGUCGUCCAGAUUACAUAGAUUUGAAUGCUCUGGUUGCGCAAGCCGUAUCGUCAGCCACAGCUUCAUUGAGAUUCAAAGGAACUAUGAAUGUAGACUUGAACGAGUUUCAGACAAAUUUGGUACCCUACCCACGAGUCCAUUACCCGUUGGUGUCUUACGCCCCAUUGCAUUCGGCUUCGAAGGCUCAGCAUGAGUUUUCUUCGGUAGCAGAAAUAACUAAUGCAUGUUUUGAGCCGGCCAACAUGAUGGUCAGAUGUGAUCCACGUCACGGUAAAUACAUGGCUUGUUGUAUGCUUUACCGAGGAGAUGUAGUCCCGAAGGAUAUCAACAGUGCCAUAGCGGCUAUCAAAAGCAAACGACACAUUGCUUUCGUGGAUUGGUGCCCCACGGGAUUCAAGAUCGGUAUCAAUCAACAGGCCCCGUCCGUUUUACCAGGGGGUGCCUUGGUCAAACCCAAGCGUGCUGUGUGUAUGCUAUCGAAUACAACUGCCAUUUCUGACGCUUUUGCCCGGGUUAAUCAGCAAUUCGAUCUAAUGUACAAAAAGCGGGCUUUUGUCCAUUGGUAUGUCGGCGAAGGAAUGGAGGAAGGCGAAUUCAGCGAAGCACGAGAGGAUCUAGCAACCCUGGAAAGGGAUUACGAGGAAGUCGCUGGAGAUACGCAAUACGCAAACGAGGAGGGAGAUGGUUCGGAUUAUGAAUACUGAGUCUGGUUUUCCGUAAGGUGUUUUAUGUACAGAGCGUAGAAUGUGUAUUUCUUCCUUUGAAAGCUAGUUUAUUGUGUAUUAUACUGAUUUGGUAAACACGUGUAAGUACUGAGCAGGAAAUUAACGGCGUCAACUCUAAUUCAGUGGAGAUCGUCUACGGUAAUAGCAUCCAUUGAUUAAGCUUAGUCAGUAAACUUUUUUUUUUAUUAAUGUGUGCUGUGCAUAAUUUAUUUUUCGUCCAUGUUUAUUGUUAAGCGUCUCUAAUGUCAUCUUUUGUGCUAAAAUCAAAUACCAAAUUUGAAAUGAAAAUAAUAUUGUCACAGGUCAUAAAUAUAUAUUUAA